UGAGCAACAGAGCAAGACUCUGUCUCAAAAAUAAAUAAAUAAAUAAACCAUCAGAUCUCAUGAGGCUUAUUCACUGUCAUGAGAACAGCAUGGGAAAGACCCAUCCCCUGAUUCGAUUACCUCCCACUGGGUCCCUCCCACGAUAUAUGGGAAUUAGGGGAGCUACAAUUCAAGAUAAGAUUUGACUGGGGACACAGCCAAAGCAUGUCACAGGUUAUGAAACAAAUUUAUUCUAGCAGGCCAGACAUAAGAGAGAUGAUUCCCUUGACCAUCCCAAGGAAGAGUGGUUAACAGAUGCAAGUUGUUUUAUGCAUCAGGAAAACAGGAGGGCUAGAUAUGCUAUUAUUAGCACAAGAGAAUCAAUCAAGGCACAAGCCUUGCUGGCCUUGACCUCAGUUCAAAAAGCUGAGUUAAUUGAACUUACUAGGCCCCUGCAGUUGGGAAAGGAUUUAAAAGUUAACAUUUACACUGAUUCCAAGUAUGAUUUUUUAGUGCUUCAUGCUUAUGCUGCAAUUUGGAAUGGGUGGGGACUCCUGACCCCCAAGGGCUUUUCCAUACAACAUCAUUCAGAUUUUGAGCUUGUUAGAAUGCUGCUUUGCUGCCAAAAAGUGAGUAUAAUUAAUUGCAGAGGACAUCAAAAGAGAGACUGACCGUGUAAAAGGAAAUGCCCUUGUAGAUGCCACAGCCAAGGCCCCUGCAAUGAAAGGGCCAAUGAAGCUUGUGGGCGUGCUGGUCAGCAUACAUAGAACUGGGCCAGAAUACCCUGAAGAAGAACGAAAAUGGGCCAGGGAUUGCAUUUCAGUCCAGGGCCCCUCAGGCUGAAUGAUGGUAAUAAAUUACUAAUGCCAAGUACCAAUCACAGGAGUAUAACUCAGCACUUUCAUGAUUCUUUUCACCCUAGAAGGGAUUCUUUGUUUCUGUUAAUGUCUCAUUUGUUUAUAGGGGUAAAUCUUUUCAAGACACUAAAACAGGUGACCCAGCCCUGUGAGCUCUGUGCCUGACAUGACCCAAAUGGCCAGCAAUUUUCUCCUUCUCCAGUUAAACCUGUCCAAAAUUGAGGAACCUAUCCAGAUGAGAACUGGCCACUCUAAUUUACCCCGAAGACUUUCUGCAGGAGAUUCAAAUAUUUGCUGAUGCUUACUGAUACCUUCACUGGUUAGAUCCAGACAUUCCCCACCCCAUCUGAAAAACGUUUACCAGAAGAAAUAACUCCUCAGUUUGGGUAAUCUAAAAGCCUGCAAAGUGACAAUGGCCCAUCUUUCACAGCAGGCGUAACCCAACACCUAUCCUCAGCUUUAAGAUUCCAAUAUUACCUUCACUCUCCGUGGAGACCGCAGUCCUCUGGAAAGGUGAAAGGGCUAAUCCUACUCUACAGAAGACUCUAGCUAAAUCAGAGGCAUGACUAUCUCUAACACCCAUAGCUUUCUGCGGGUUAGAACUGCUCCAAAGUAAAACGUAUAAUCAAGUCCUGUUGAGUUAACAUGUGGAAGGCCUUUCCUAACCACAGAUCUCCUAGUAGAUUAAAAGACUCAUCAAUUACAAAAAUACGUCAUCAAUGUAGGACAGGUGCAAAGGCACUCGGUGAAUAUGGAAACAAGAGUCUUCCCCUCCCACAUGGGAGGAAAAUUCAGUUUCAGCUCAGCUAGGGAUUUAGUCUUACUAAAGACGCGGGAGGAAGUUCUCCAGCUCAGCAGCUUUCCCCAACGUGGAAAGGACCACGCAAGGACACCUGAGCUUUCCAACAGAUGUUCAACGCCAGGGGAUUCACAGUUCUGGGAGGUGAUCUCUGACGAACAUGCCAUCGACUCCGCUGGUACCUACCACGGGGACAGCCACCUGCAGCUGGAGCGCAUCAACGUGUACUACAACGAGGCCAGCGGUCAGUGUGGGGCCGGAAACAACUGGGCCAAGGGACACUACACAGAAGGUGCGGAGCUGAUGGAGUCAGUGAUGGACGUUGUCAGAAAGGAGGCUGAGAGCUGUGACUGUCUGCAGGGUUUCCAGCUGACCCACUGCCUGGGUGGGGGGACUGGGUCUGGGAUGGGAACACUUCUGCUGAGUAAGAUCCAGGAGGAGUACCCAGACAGGAUCAUAAACACAUUCAGCAUCCUGCCCUCGCCCAAGGUGUCAGACACCGUGGUGGAGCCCUACAACGCCACCCUCUCAGUCCACCAGCUCAUAGAAAACGCGGAUGAGACCUUUUGCAUAGACAAUGAAGCGCUAUAUGACAUAUGUUCCAAGACCCUAAAACUGCCCACACCCACCUAUGGUGACCUGAACCACCUGGUGUCUGCUACAAUGAGUGGGGUCACCACGUGCCUGCGCUUCCCAGGCCAGCUGAAUGCUGACCUGCGGAAGCUGGCCGUGAACAUGGUCCCGUUUCCCCGGCUGCAUUUCUUCAUGCCUGGCUUUGCCCCACUGACCAGCCAGGGCAGCCAGCAGUACCGGGCCUUGACUGUGGCUGAGCUUACCCAGCAGAUGUUUGAUGCUAAGAACAUGAUGGCUGCCUGUGACCCCCGUCACGGCCGCUACCUAACGGCGGCUGCCAUUUUCAGGGGUCGCAUGCCCAUGAGGGAGGUGGAUGAACAAAUGUUCAACAUUCAAGAUAAGAACAGCAGCUACUUUGCUGACUGGCUCCCCAACAACGUAAAAACAGCCGUCUGUGACAUCCCACCCCGGGGGCUAAAAAUGUCGGCCACCUUCAUUGGGAAUAAUACAGCCAUCCAGGAACUCUUCAAGCGUGUCUCAGAGCAGUUUACAGCAAUGUUCAGGCGUAAGGCCUUCCUCCACUGGUACACGGGCGAGGGCAUGGAUGAGAUGGAAUUCACCGAGGCCGAGAGCAACGUGAACGACCUGGUGUCUGAAUAUCAGCAAUAUCAGGAUGCCACGGCCGAGGAGGAGGAGGAGGAGGAGUAUGCUGAGGAGGAGGUGGCCUAGAACUCUCCUUUUCUAGGUAAAGGGGGGAAGCAGUGUGGAUUCUUUACUGUGUUCUGACAGCCAUGUGUCACUAUGCGCUUGUUAAUUUGUGUCUUCACAUCUCCUGCUGCGUUUUAAAGCAUUUCUAUAGUAUGCGGUUUUGACUAAUAAAGUAUUCUCACAGCA